AUGGCCGCAACCCCCCCAACCGUCCGUGUCGGCUGCUUCUCGGCCUUCUGGGGUGACUCCCCAACCGCCGCCGCACAACUAAUCGCCUCCGGCAACCUGGACUACCUGGUCGGCGACUACCUGGCCGAGGUCACCAUGUGCCUGCUAACAAAAGCCCGCCAGCGCGACCCCGCCCUCGGCUAUGUCCCCGACUUUGUCUCCUCCGUCUUCAAGCCGCUCCUGCCCGACAUCCUGGCCCAGGGUGUCAAGGUCUUGACCAACGCCGGCGGCCUCGACCCCAUCCGCCUCAAGACAGUGCUCGACAACCAUGCCGCGAGCGUCGCCGACUCGCUCCCGCGACUCCCGCGCAUCGCCGUCGUCUAUGGCGACGACGUCGUCGACAUCCUAGACGACCUCAGGCCCCUCUUCCGCCCCGUCUCCACAGCCGGCGAGCCCGACUCCCUGCCGCCCACACACACACCGCCCAUGUCCGCAAACGUCUACUUUGGUGCCACAGGUCUGGCCAUGGCCCUCGACGCCGGCGCCGACUUUGUUGUCACAGGCCGCUGCGUCGACUCGGCUCUCGUCCUCGCCGCCCUCAUGUCCGCCUUUGCAUGGUCGCCCCACGACUACCACAAGCUCUCCGCCGGCUCGCUCGCCGGACACAUUCUCGAGUGCGGCGCCCAGUCCACAGGCGGCAACUUUACAGACUGGAAGGCUUCCGCUUCCGCAGGCCCCCACAACUGCUCCUGGGCCAACAUUGGCUUCCCCAUUGCAGAGGUCUGGCCAGACGGCCGCUUCGUCAUCACAAAGCCGCCACACACAGGCGGCCUCGUCACCGUCGGAACAGUCUCAGAGCAGAUCGUCUACGAGAUCGCAGACCCCGCUGCCUACAUCCUGCCCGACGUCGUCUGCGACUGGCGAAAUGUCUCCCUCACUCAACUCGGCGAGGACGUCGUCGCCGUCGCAGGCGCUCGCGGCCUCCCGCCCACCCCUUUCCUCAAGCUCGGCCUCACUCUCCUCGACGGCUACCGCGCAGAGGCUUCGCUCCUCGUCCCCGGCUUCGAUGCCCCCGCAAAGGCCAAAGCCGUCGCAAACGCCAUCUUCCUCCGCGCAACCUCAGCCCUCGCCUCCCGAAACGAGCAACCCUUCCUCGACACUCGCGUCGAAAUUCUCGGCGCCGGCGCCCUCUUCGGCCCCUCUUACCCCUCCGCCGCAAAAGAGGUCGUCCUCCGCCUCGUCGCAAAGCACACAAACCCCGCCGCCCUGCGCGCCUUUGCCAAAGAAGUCGCCCCGGCUGCCACAGGAAUGGCCCCGGGCCUCUGCGCCGCCACAACCGGCCGCCCGCGCCCCGUCCCCUGCAUCUCCUACUCCGCCGCCCUUGUCCCAAAAUCAGCCAUCUCCACUCUCACAAUGGUCUGCGGUACAGACCAUCCACUCCACUUUCUCGAGCCUCAUCCCGAGCCUUUGCAUCCGCCGCCCGCAACUCCCCCGCCCGCCGAAAUCCCCCCCGCAACCAUAUCCGGUCCGCGCGCCACCGUCCCGCUCAUCGCCAUCGCCUGGGGCCGCUCCGGCGACAAGGGCGACGCCGCAAACAUCGGCAUCAUCGCACGCCGCCGCGAGUUUUACCCCGAAAUCAAGGCCCAGCUCACCACAGACGCAAUCGCAAACAUCCUCGCUCACCUGGUCGACGGCCACAUCGUGAGGUACGACCUCCCGGGCCUCGCCGCUGUCAACUUUGUCUGCCGCAGCGCUCUCGGCGGCGGCGGCAUGCGCUCGCUUAGACUCGAUCGCCAGGGCAAGUCCUAUGCCCAGAUUGUCUUGUCCACCAUGUUGGUCACCGUGCCUGUCGCCUGGCUCGACCACCACAUCAUGCCCUCGUCGCGCUUCUACCGCAUCGUGACAAAGCUGUGGGACGACGUCUCCGCUCUCGUCCUCCCGCUGCUGCCCGACCAGUCCAACCUCCACGCCUCGUGGUUCCUCGAGACCUGGCUCGCUCCCACAAUCCCGGACCGUAAGCGCCUGCCGCGCCCCACUCUCCUCGCCAACGAGCACAUCGCCAUACUCCUCCGCUCGCUCCUUGCACGCCUCCACCUCUUGCCGUGCCACACCCUCAAGCGCAACAUCGACGCCUCAAUCAUCCCGCACCUCGCUACCUUUGUCACCGUCGCCACAGGCGAUCUCGCCACCCGCCGCACCGGCUUUCGCCCAAACGCCUCCCUCAACUCCGUAGACCUGCCGCCCGUCCACGCCCCGUUUGCCGUCAUCUCCAUGUCUGUCACCUACGACUCCUGCGCCGCCCUCCUCUCCUCCUCCCCCCCCGCAACAGAUGCCACAGGCUCCACCGUCGCCGACAUCCUCGCCCUCUCGCCAGAGGACAUCCACGGCGAGUUCCUCGCCACAGUCUCGCCCUCCGCCAUCCCCGUCAACUCGCCCGUCCGCCUCCGCUCCCCGCCGCGCCCAAAGCCUGCCCCACUCGCCACCCCGCUCACCCCGUCAGCAGAUGCCCACGUCCGCGACACCCUCUUUCGCGAUCCCGCCGCUCCCGCCGCAACAGACUCCAAGCCGCCCGUGCCGGAACGCGACCUCGCCUCCGUCCCGCCAGUUGCCGCCGCCCUCGCCCCGCAGGCCGCGGGCCAGUCCACCCCGCCGCGCCCGCUGCGCUCGCGCUCCUUCGCCGGCGCCGCCCAAGAAGUCGCCUGUGAGCUCCCGCCCGUCUUUGCCAAGCGCAGAGUCAAUCGCAACCGCCGCUCUGUCCCCUCCUCCCUCUCCAUCGCACUCGAGUCGUCAUCCGCCGCAGCGCCCGCCUCCACGACCGUUGCCCAUCCAGCGACACACACGACAGAGCCCUCGUCGCCGCUUCCGGUUCCGGACCCCGCCGUCGCCGUUCCCGCCCGCGUCGUCACCUCGCUAUCCGACAUGGCCAAUCCCGUCACCCCGCCCUUCUCCGUCCUCGCCUCCGCCUCGGGUGGCUCCGUCUCGUCACCGAGAAUGAUUGUCGGCUCCGCCGCCUCGCGGCCCGCCUCACGCCUCACCCCACCCUUUGGCUCCAUCGGCUCGUAUCCGCACGGCGCCGCCUCCCUCUCCUCCGUCGGCUCCUACGGCUCGCUGCCCACAGUCUCACCCUUCAAGUCCACCGUCCACUCGGUCUCGUCCUCGCCAGGCUCGUCGCUCUCCACCACACCCGUCGCCGGCCUCGCCGUCUCCACCUCGCCCGCCCCGUCCCUCUACGGAGCAGGUCUUGCUCCCGCCACCGACGUCCAGCCCGCCUUUGUCGUCGACAACCCGCCACCGCCGCCAACUGCCUCCGAAGACAUCGGCUCCUUUGUGGCCCUUCUUGACCCGCCCGUCGCCGGGAACCGCUCCUCCGUAGGGGAGUCGGUCGUCACCUCCGCCUCUGUCGUGGACUUGUUGGGCGGCUUUGAGGAGCUGUUGAUGGAAAUGGACGAUCCGUAG